GUCGAGAUCUUCAUCACCGCACAGACAGAGAAAGAGAGAGAGAUGUAUCAACAGGGGAAGGGAGGAGGGAGGUACCGGCAGGGAAUGUUGAAGGUGGGGAUGGGAAUGAUGGGGCUGUGCAUCGCAGGUUACAUCGUGGGCCCUUCCCUGUACUGGCACCUGGCCGAAGUCUUGCCCACCCUUCGCCGCGCCUCCUCCUACUGCCCUCCUUGCAUUUGCGAUUGCUCUUCUCAGGACCCUCUUCUCUCCAUUCCCCUCGGUUUGAGCAACAAUUCAUUUACAGAUUGUAUGAAGCAUGAUCCUGAAGUGAGCGAAGAAAUGGAGAGGAGUUUUACAGACCUGCUAUCGGAGGAACUGAAGCUAAAGGAAGCUGAAGCUCUGGAAAAGCAUCAGCGGGCUGACAUUGCAUUGCUCGAGGCUAAAAAAAUGACUUCACAGUAUCAAAAAGAGGCAGACAAGUGCAAUUCAGGAAUGGAGACCUGUGAAGAGACGAGGGAAAAGGUUGAAGCUGCAUUAGAAGUUCAGAAAAAGUUUACUGCAAUGUGGGAACUCAGAGCUCGCGAGAGAGGGUGGAAAGACCCAAAUCAAAUCUAGCGCAUUGUUAUAGAAUUGAAAGAAGUAUCACCAUGAUGGUAUGUAGAAAGUGUCAUCAACCAGUUCUAAGUUGGUGUUGCUCCUGAAGGUGUAGGUUUCUUGGGGGACCAAUGCUUGUAACGGUUGAGCCAUUAGGAAUCUAGGAUCUGAAUAUCUUGUCACCUGUACUGGGGCAGUUUAUUUAUUUAUUUGUGUAUUCAUUCAUUGAUUCAUCUGGCUGUUGCUUUUAAUCUAAUGUAGAUUUGAGAAAUUUUCGGUUGGUUUGUAAAUUGUUUUUAGGCAGGUUUGGUUAAAAUUUGAUUAAAAAAAAUAAUUGACUUUGAUUUGUUCCCCCAGGA